GUGCCCUUCUUCUUCUCCCAACGCGACCGGUCCCGAAUUUGUUAUCCUGGUUCUCUUCUCAAAUCCGACAUUUCCUCUGUCGAAAACGACGAUAGCCUAGUGACACCCAGGUCAAUGAAUAGGGAUGCCGAUGACUUGGGCAACCUUCAUGAUGAGGACGCAGAUAAUAGAGCUCAAACAUCAGACAAAUUGGACUUGAAUGUAGAGCACAAUUGUCGCAGCCCAAAAGUGAACCCUGUCCAUACAACUCAGUCCAUUCUUCCCUCGAAAGGUGAAACUAAUGCAGACGGGGUACUAAAAAUUGGAAUAGAAUUUGAUUCUGAUGAACAUGCAUACAGAUUUUACAAUAAAUAUGCUAGGUUGUUAGGUUUUAGUGUUCGAAAAGAUUGGGUAAACAGGAGUAAGAUACAUGGUCAGGUGGUUUCUAGAAAGUUUACAUGUUCUAAGGAAGGUUAUAGGCGGAAAGAUCAAAGAGAUGUCAAUGUGAAGAAGCAUCGGAAGGAAACAAGAACUGGUUGCUUGGCACACAUGAUUAUUACUCGUCAACCUAAUGGUAAAUAUCGGGUUAGUCAUUUUGAAGCAAACCACAAUCAUGACAACAUAAACCCUAACAAUGAGCAAACAUUACAAUUGCAAAAGGAACUAUGCUUUGCUCAAGCUUCUGAAACUGAUAAGCCAAACAAUUCAGAGACACAAAACGCAGCCUUUGACUUGAUGAGGAGAAGAUUUUUGGUGCGUGAAUCUCUUGAUUGUCUUGCUGAGGAUUAUGACAAUCACCUAAGAUCUGAAAGGGUGAGAGAUAUGAAGGAGGGAGAGGCAGGUCAUUUGUUGCGUUAUUUUCUGAGGCAACACUUUGAAAAUCCAUCAGUCUUUUAUGCAAUACAGCUUGAUAUUGAUGAUAAGGUAAGUAACAUAUUUUGGGCUGAUGAUAAUAUGGUUGUGGACUAUAAUUAUUUUGGUGAUGUGGUUUGUUUGGACACAAGUUGUCGAACAAACAAAGACUUGAAGCCAUUUGUACAGUUUAUAGGUGUGAAUCAUCAUAAUCAAGUUGUGAUCUUUGCUGCAGCACUUCUAUACGAUGAUACUGUUGAAUCACUUAAGUGGUUAUUUCAUACAUUUUUGGAAGCAAUGUCCGGGAAGAAGCCAAAGGUCAUUCUAACAGAUCAAGAUGCUACAGUUGUUGAAGCAAUCAGUUCAGUCUUACCAGAAACAAGUCACCAUAUAUGUGUAUGGCAGAUGCACCGGAAUGCCCUUAAACACCUUAGCUAUGUACAGAAGGAUGCUGAAGCUUUUGCCAAUGAUUUUAGAAGUUGCAUUUAUGACCACAAGGAUGAGAAUGACUUCAUUCAUGCUUGGGAGGCAAUGCUGGAAAUUUAUAACCUGAAGCAAAAUGAGUGGCUAAAGUGGAUGUAUAGAGAAAGGGAGAAAUGGGCUGUGGUAUAUGACAGAAAUACAUUUUUUAUUGAUAUGAAAUGCUCACAUUUAGGUGAGAGUUUAUCUAACAAGUUGAGACGUCAUCUCAACUCUGACCAGGACGUGCUUCAAUUUUUCAAGCACUUUGAGAGGGUGGUAGAUGAGCAACGCUACAAAGAAAUUGAGGCUAGUGAUGAGAUGAGCCACUGCAAGCCAAAAUUGAUGGGGAAUGUGAUUUUGUUAAAGCAUGCAAGUGAAAUCUAUACACCAAAGGCAUUUGAAGUAUUUCAGUGUGAAUAUGAGAAGUGUCUAAAUGUUGUUGCUAAUCAGUGCAGUCAAAAUGGAUACUUAUCUGAAUACAAAGUUAACACGUUUGGACAAAGUCAAGAAUACACUGUUACAUUUGAUUCCUCUGAUGAUACAGUCAUUUGCAGUUGUAUGAAGUUUGAAUAUGUUGGGUUUCUUUGUAGCCAUGCAUUGAGAGUGCUUGAUCAUAGGAAUAUAAAGGUGGUCCCAUCCCGAUAUAUCUUAAGGAGAUGGACAAAAGAUGCAAGGAUUGGUUGUGCACGAGAGGAUAGUGAUUUCAUUAUACAAGAAAAUCCUAAGUUGGUUGCAGCAAGACGUUACAGAGAUAUGUGCCGUUGUAUACUCAAUAUAUCUGCCAGAGCAGCUGAAUCUGAUGAUGCAUUUCAUUUUGCUUCAAGGCAACUCAAUGAAAUAAUUGUAGGGGUGGAGAAGAUCUUGACACUAAAAGCUGAGGAAGCUCAAGUUAUUGCCUCAAGUAGCAGCGGUGCAAGUGCUUCUGACAGUGAAAAUGCAGAGAUUUUUCUGGAUGGACAUGCCAUUGAGGAUCAGGACGAGAGUAGCAGAGUGCAGAGUAAAAAGGAAAAUGAGGCAGUUGUGCCACAUAGACAGAAACAGAAAAAUGUACCAGAGAGAGGCUCCAAGACCAAAGGAGUUCAGAACAAACGAUCAAACUCACCGAACACAAUUACCAGCAUUUCAAGUCCAUCACCAACAUAUGUUUCACCUCAAGCCUCUGGCCCAGCUCCUGUUAUGCAGGGUUUAUUCAACUUUGAAGCUAAUCAGGUCGUCCAGUGCAUAUACCAACAGCCUAAUAUGGUUAUGGACCAGGAGCCCAAUGCUGAAAUGUACCAACAACCUAACUUCUAUACUGACCAACAUGACUCACCGAGCCAAACCCAGUUACUCCAGGAACCUUUAAUUCGCAGCACAUACCAAGAGUCUGCCUCAAACAGCACCCACCUGAGGCAGGCCAUGGAACUUGACAUCCAACCUCCACAUUCAUCUUCAUUUUUGCUUUAUGAUCACAGAUACAGAACUUCUGACACUCCAUUUCUUGGGCCCAAGUAAAGGAUAAGACUUGAGCAUGUUCUUCUAUCGUGUCAAUAUUUUUGUUUUUGUACAGUUAUGAAAUGUUUAGGAUUUCUUCACCUAAUUGAGCUGGAGAUAAGGGGCGGAUUCUUCCAAUCAUGUUUGUAAUAUGUAGUUUUUGUGUGCAUGUGAAAAUCUAUUGGGGCAUGGUUACAAAUUGGUAUGUAUUGCUCUCUCAUCCCAUACAUUCCGAUCUCUCUCCAAGAAUACACGAUAAGAUACACCGUUUUUUGUAUAUAAAUUGAAGUUAUUAGUGCAGAAUAAUGCAAUUCCUUCGUAAUUGUAUUCUC